CCAUGUUUGCGGAAGUAAAGUCGCUGCAAUUGGCUGGAGGAGCCUGAUAUCUUCUUUGCGUGCACGUUUCAUCCGUUAAAUCUAAUUUAACAUGAAUUUACCGAAGGGACCCGAGUCCUUGUGCUUCGACAAGGAUGUUUUUAUGAAGGAUGACUUUGACGUUGACCAGUUUGUAUCGGAGUGUCGGAAACAGGUCCAGAUGGAGGAGAUGAGGGAGGACCUGGAGCUCUACUACAAGCUGCUUAAAACGGCGAUGGUGGAGCUCAUCAACAAGGACUAUGCCGACUUUGUGAACCUCUCCACCAACCUGGUGGGGAUGGACAAAGCCCUCAAUCAGCUUUCUGUGCCAUUGGGGCAGUUGCGAGAGGAGGUUAUGAGUCUGCGUUCCUGUGUGAGGGAGGUGAUUCAGGCUAUAGACAACCAGCUAGCCAAACAGGAAGAUCUGCAGAAAAAAAAGGUGUGUGUAUUAAGGCUCAUUCAAGUGGUGCGCUCAGUGGAGAAGAUUGAGAAGAUCCUCCACUCACAAAGCUCAAAGGAAUCCAGCUCUCUAGAAACCAGCAGUCCCUUGUUAGCAGGUCAUAUCCUGGAGAGGAUCGCUACAGAAUUCAACCAGCUGCAGUUCCACGCUGUACAGAGCAAAGGCAUGCCGCUACUGGACAAAGUCAGACCUCGCAUUGCAGGGAUCACCUCCAUGCUGCAGCAGUCUUUGGAGGGCGUGCUGAUCGAGGGUCUGCAAACGUCCAAUGUGACCAUGGUGCGUCACUGCCUGAGGACGUACGCCACCAUAGACAAGACUCGCGAUGUUGAGGCCCUGGUUGGACAGGUGCUGGUAAAGCCAUACAUGGACCAGGUGAUAACAGAAGAGGUGGUGAAGUCUAGUCCCAAUGGUCUCCAAUUGAUGUACUCAAGACUGUUGGAGUUUGUUCCUCAUCACUGUAGGCUGCUUAGAGAGGUCACUGGAGGAGCCAUAUCCAGUGACAAAGCUGACACAGUACCCGGGUAUGACUUCCUUGUAAACUCGGUGUGGCCAGAGAUGAUCAAAGGGAUAGAGGAGAGGUUGGCCUACCUCUUCAACCCUGGCAACCCUGACAUUUUCUACGAUCGUUACAGUGAAAGUAUGGAGUUUGUGUGGAGGUUUGAGCGCCAGUGCAGCUCGCAGGCCAGUGUGAAGAGGCUGAGAGUACAUCCCUCAUACACCAGCUUCCACAACAAAUGGAAUCUGCCUGUCUACUUUCAACUACGGUACAAGGAAAUCGCGGGGAGUCUGGAGAACGCCAUCAGUGAUGGACUUGAGGCAGCAUCCGCCGGCAGCGUAUACCACCUGCAGGUAUCUGAGGUGCUGUGGUCCUGCCUCAUGAGAUGUUGGUCAGACAAAACCUACCUAUCACCUCUGGCCCAUCGCUUCUGGAAGCUCACACUGCAGCUCUACUCAAGAUACGCCAAGUUUCUUGACGAGGUGUUGACUAAGACUCCGUCCCCUGACGCGACCAAAGAACCAGCCAGGCCCCUGCCGAGCUCCGCCUCCUCCACUUCCAGCCGAACGUCCAUGGACGAUGGCGGCAGUGAGAGCGGGAGUCCUGCUUCGCUGUCCACCAAACGGUUGGUCUACAUAGCAGCCGACAUCCAAAAGCUGCAAGAGCAGAUAACGGAGGUGACCGAGAUGGUCAGACAGCGGCUAGAAGCCAUCGGAUUCAAUAACAUUGCUAUUGUGGAAGAUGCCCUAACGGACUCCAAGAACUGCUUGUCGAGCAGCGUUCCCACUCUGAACACCAGGAUGACCCAGCAUCUGACGGAGCGCUGCUGCCGCUUCCUGAAGAGCGCCUCUGAGGUUCCGCGCCUCUACCGCAGGACUAAUAAGGAGACGCCAGUGCGUGCCUCCGCCUACAUGGACAAUGCCCUACGCCCGUUACAUCAGCUGCUGAUGGACUCAACAGGGCUCGUCACCCCUUCUACAGCGCAAGAGUGGCUGCGAGUUGCACUGACUGACUACACGCAGAGGUAUUAUGAGACCAUCUCAGAGGUGCUGAGCUCAGUGAGAAAGAUGGAGGAGAGUCUGAAGCGAUUGAAACAAGCCAGAAAAGGUGCAAGUACGACGACCGCGGCCGGAGCAAACGGGGGACCCACGGACGAUAGCAAGAUCCGACUUCAACUUGCACUGGACGUGGAAUACCUCGGGGAACAGAUCCAGAAGAUGGGUCUUCAGCCAAGAGACAUCCCCAUGUUCUCCACUCUGAUGGAUCUGGUGAAAGAGGCCAGGGAGCUCGCUGAACAGGGCCAGUGAAAGGUUCAGUCCGUAGCAACGGAAAGCCAAUCACAUGCUGCAUUACCUGAAAUAGAUCAUGAUCAGGCCACAAAGACUGACAAGGGCCGACACUACUGAAAUCCUCACCGCAUCAGGAAUAAUGGAGCAACGUGCUCCAAACUGAGACGCAGAGAAUUGCAUCCUGCAGCUGACGGGACCCAUUGAGCAUGUCACUAGAUUUCACAUUAGACACAAAGCAAUGUCAGGUCGGGGAUGCGGCCUCCUGCUACUUAUUUGUGAUUGCACCUAUGAGGGUAAAUUACCUGGCUCUCCAUAAUCUGGUCUAGUUAACUAAUGUCCUGACAGCAUGCUGUCUUAUAAGAAAAGUGUCAGAUUUACAGCCUGUCAAAAAACAAGUUGGAAUGUUUUCCCCCCCUCCCUCCUUUUUUUUGCUUUGCAGCCUCUCCACUUAGAGCUCAUAUUCAAUAUCCUCUCUCUGUGUACUGGGGAAAUCUCUAAUUCCAGACAAAGACGUAGUGCUGAAGAUGAACAGAAGAGAAACGUAACCUUAUGAUGUUUGAAGGCUCCCGGCCGUGUGUCAUUUCAUCCAUUUCAGUUCCCAUGAAGAAAAAAAAAAUACUUACAAGGGUCCUGUUAAGCAACGUAACAUAGUUCUUAGUAAGGAAGCAGGUAAAUCCAUUAUCCUGCAGGCUUCUACAUAUUGACACGUACAGUAUUUGGUGCCCUGUCUUUUAGUUGUUUUACAUGUGUAAAACAUUCAAUCUCCGUGUGGAAAAAAAAAAACUCACCUCAACAACGGGGUCACAGGGAAACUGAAUCUCACCACAGACAAAGCAUAUUUUUACCUACGCGAGCACGCCCUGCCGCUGAUAGCGACAAUAGCAAUGACCCAGUGAGGGUGUGAUGGCCUUGGAGGCCGCGCAGGGGGAACAAUGCAGAUUUUCAGAAGGCUCCUAAUUCCCGCUCCAACCCACGGACCGCAACCGUGUUUUAAAGUUCACAAUGCACUUCUAAGCUAUUCCUGCCCUUUCUUUUCUCUCUUUGUCUUUUUUUCUUUAUGUGCUCCCAUUCAGCCGGACAGUGUGGCCUAUCAUUAUCAUUUAUUGCAGGUUUUAAAUGUUCAAGGUGUACAAUGCAGCCAAUGCAGUCUUGAUUUAGUCAUCCGUUAAAAAGAAUCACUACAAGCAGGACAAGAAUAUGCAGAGUUCAACCAAACUUCUGAAACUGCCGGCCCGAAUAAGACUAUUAUUUGAUCAUCUUCACAAAAAUGAAGUACCAAUCAUUAUAUAUGUUGGGCUAGCAAUGAAGCCCUGUCUGUCUAAAUUAUGCUACAAGGGGAGUUGUACAUUACUAUGUUCACUUUUAUAUAAAAAUGAAUAUACUUAACUCUGUAAUAAAAUAAACAACUGGAUACAGAAUUGAA